CUUUGGGUGUGUUUGUAACUCUUACAAGGAACCUUCUUUCUCUAUCUAAAUUCUAAAGUUCUAACCUUUGUUCUGGUCGCACCAUUUAACACUUCAAAUCAAACUUCUCACUAAUACAAAUCCAAAUCCAAAUUCAAUAGUUGACCAGCUUGUCCCUUAUUCCCAUCCAACUUUUCACAAAAACCCAGAUUCUCUGAUCCAUUUUCUCAUAUACCCUUUUGCAUAGUAUUAUCAAAGUUUCAGACUUUGCUUAAUUUUUCUGCAUAUUCUUCUCUUUUCCUUAUCUGGGGUCUCUUCUAUUAUCUUCACUUUCAAGGUUCCUGAUCCAAUUCCAAAGCUUUAUUAUUAUAUUCAUUAACAUCUGUUUGUAUAGUCUUGUUGAAUUCUCAUCUGGCUUUUUUUUAUAUGCGUUGACUGAUCAGCUUCAAGUAUUGUAUUGGUGGUGUUUGUUGAAUUGUCUGAACCAUCUUUACUUUCUGUUUCUGUGACACAAUCAUGGGUGGUUGUUUGAGUAAAAAAGGAUCAGAACAUGAAUACAAUGGUUACAGACAUGGACAUGAACCCUAUGUGAACCAAUCAAAGAACCCUCCUCCACCCCCACAUCAUCAUCAUCAUCAUCAUCAUCAACAACAACAGCAACAACAACAACAGCAACAGCAACAACAACAACAACAACAGCGGCAACCUUACAAUAUACCUGAGAAACCUGCUGCACCUCAAGCCAAUUGGAACAAGAACACUGUUCCUGUUCCAAGUCCAAAACCUGUUAUCAGGUCAGAUACAAUUCUUGGGAAGCCAUUAGAGGAUGUUAGGCAAUACUAUACCCUUGGAAAAGAAUUGGGGAGAGGCCAAUUUGGUGUGACAUAUCUCUGCACUGAGAAUUCAAGUGGCCUGCAAUAUGCUUGUAAAUCGAUCUCAAAGAGGAAGCUUGUUAGCAAAUCUGAUAAGGAGGAUAUAAAAAGGGAGAUUCAUAUUAUGCAGCAUUUGAGUGGACAAGCAAACAUUGUUGAAUUCAAAGGUGCUUAUGAGGACAAGCAUUCAGUUCAUGUUGUCAUGGAGUUGUGUGCAGGUGGUGAGCUUUUUGAUAGGAUCAUUGCAAAGGGACAUUACAGUGAAAGAGCUGCAGCUUCAAUAUGCAGACAGAUUGUGAAUGUUGUUCAUAUUUGCCAUUUCAUGGGUGUGAUGCAUAGGGAUCUUAAGCCAGAGAAUUUCUUGUUGUCCGGUAAGGAUGACAAGGCACUUCUCAAGGCCACGGAUUUCGGUCUGUCGGUAUUCAUUGAUGAAGGCAAGGUGUAUCGUGACAUAGUUGGGAGCGCUUAUUAUGUUGCCCCGGAAGUUCUACGUCGUAGAUAUGGAAAGGAAAUAGAUGUAUGGAGUGCAGGAGUUAUAUUAUAUAUCUUACUCAGUGGUGUGCCUCCAUUCUGGGCAGAGACGGAAAAGGGAAUAUUUGAUGCCAUAUUGGAAGGCCAUAUUGAUUUCGAAAGCGCCCCAUGGCCAAGCAUAUCAAAUAGUGCUAAGGACCUCGUUCGUAAGAUGCUUACACAGGAGCCAAAGAAACGCAUCACUUCGGCUCAAGUUCUUGAGCACCCAUGGAUUAGAGAAGAUGGAAAUGCUUCUGACAAGCCAAUAGACAGUGCAGUCCUUUCCAGAAUGAAGCAAUUUAGAGCAAUGAAUAAACUAAAGAAACUUGCACUUAAGGUCAUAGCUGAAAAUCUUUCUGAAGAAGAGAUCCAAGGUUUAAAGUCAAUGUUUACAAAUAUUGACACUGACAAUAGCGGUUCAAUCACAUAUGAGGAACUAAGGGCUGGAUUGCAACGACUUGGAUCGAAACUCACUGAAGCCGAAGUGCGGCAGUUGAUGGAUGCUGCUGAUGUGGAUGGAAACGGCACGAUCGACUACAUAGAAUUCAUCACUGCUACAAUGCAUAGACAUAGGUUAGAAAGAGAUGAGCAUCUCUACAAGGCCUUCCAAUAUUUUGAUAAAGACAACAGUGGGUUUAUUACAAGAGAUGAACUAGAAUCAGCCAUGAAAGAAUAUGGUAUGGGUGAUGAAGCCACAAUCAGGGAAAUCAUAUCUGAAGUUGAUACAGAUAAUGAUGGAAGAAUCAACUAUGAAGAAUUUUGUACAAUGAUGAGGAGUGGAACAACUCAUCAAGGCAAACUAUUCUAAAUGAAAUAAUUUCACUAGUUUUGAGAGUCUGCAGCUGCUAGGACCCCUCUAGUGAAAAGGCAUCAUGUACUUAUAAUGUUCUUAGAAGGUUUCCAAUAUUUAAUAAAAAUAAAUAAUAUUAUCUAACAGGGCAUGUAAAGAUUAUAAAUUUUAGAUUUGUUUUUGAGUUUCAAAAUUUCAAUGUCCUGAGUGACUGAUAUCAACUUUCUUUGGUUUCUUUUUUUUUUUC